UUGGCUUUUUUUGGGGUGGCGAGGGAUGGAUGAAACCAAUUGAUGAACUUAUCACCCAUCAGCAGUCUGCUUUCUUCUUCUUUUUCUGGUUGUCUUUGCCAUAUAAUCACCAAACCAAAGUUCUCUAUAGGCGCAUUGAUAGAUUACUUUGUCUUUUUGACUUUCUUCCCCCCUCUAUCCAACGAUAUGGUUGGUUAUUUUUAGAGUUUUCGUUCGAUUCGUUUUCGUCGUUGUUGAUUGGCCAUUUGUUGAUUGAUACCAAAUGGUGUGCUGUGCUGUGUGAAUUUCUAUAAACAAAUUUUUUUUCUCUCUCAAAAGUGAAUUUAAUUGAAUCGAAUUUUGAAAAAAAAAGAAUCCAUCCGAAUUAUCUUCUUGGUUCUUUGUUGCUCUGAAGAAUCAAGAACCAAGAAGAAUCAAGAAUGAAUCUAAUCAUUUUGUUAUUGAUUUUAAUCGGUCAAAACUAUGGCACGAUUCAUAUGCAAGUAUUGAAUCCACCAUAUUUUAAUAUUGCCGAAGGAAGAAAUAUAACUGCUAGCGCUACUUGUGGUGAAAAUGUACCGGAACCAGAAUUAUAUUGUAAAAUUGUUGGUUCAAAUCGUUUAGAAGAAUCGGAAAAUUUUAAUCUAAUUGAAGGACAAGCAUGUGAUUAUUGUGAUCCAAAUGAUCCGAAACGUUCACAUCCACCACAAUAUGCUAUUGAUGGUACGGAAAGAUGGUGGCAAAGUCCACCAUUAUCACGUGGUGCACAAUAUAGUAAAGUUAAUCUAACGUUGAAUUUGGGACAAGAAUUCAAUGUUGCAUAUGUUUUUAUUAAAAUGGGUAAUUCACCACGUCCUGGUGUUUGGAUAUUGGAACGUUCCCGAGAUUAUGGUCAAACAUAUUAUCCAUGGCAAUAUUUUGCCGAUACACCACAAGAUUGUAGUUAUUUUUUUGGUAAACAUACUUUGCAACCGAUUACCAGAGAUGAUUCGGUUAUUUGUGAAACAAAAUUUUCAAAAUUAGUACCACUUGAAAAUGGUGAAAUUGCCAUUUCUCUAAUCAACGGACGACCAAGUGCAGAAAAUUUUUCAUUAUCAACAGUUUUACAAGAAUGGACAACAGCAACAAAUAUUCGUUUAAGAUUUUUAAGACCAAAAACUACAUUGGGUCAUUUACUUUCGGUAGCAAGAGAAGAACCAACCGUAACUCGACGUUAUUUUUACAGUAUCAAAGAUAUAAAUAUUGGUGGACAAUGUGUUUGUAAUGGACAUGCAUCACAAUGUGAUCAAAGUUCACCACAAGAUCCAUUGAAAUUAUCCUGUGCAUGUCAACAUCAUACAUGUGGUUUACAAUGUGAAGAAUGUUGUGAUGGUUAUCAACAAUAUAAAUGGCGUAGAGCAACAAUUGGUGAUUUAUUUGUUUGUGAAAAAUGUAAUUGUCAUGGCCAUUCAAAUCAAUGUUAUUUUGAUGAAGAAAUUUCCAGGAAAAAUUUAAGUAAAAAUAUUUACGGUAAAUAUGAAGGUGGUGGUGUUUGUCAAAAUUGUCAACAUAAUACUACCGGUAUUAAUUGUGACAAAUGUCGUGAUGGUUUUUAUCGGCCAAAAAAUCGUUCAUUAGAUGCUAUUGAUGUUUGUCAUCAAUGUGAAUGUGAUUUAAAUUUUUCAACUGGAAAUUGUUUCGAUGAAACUGGUCAAUGUGAAUGUCGUAAAAAUUUUCAACCACCCGAUUGUGAUCGUUGCAGCGUUGGAUAUUUUGGUUAUCCUGUUUGUCAGGAAUGUCAUUGUUUUCCCAAUGGUACAAUUGGAAAUUUAUGUGAAUUACGUGAAGGUGAAAGUUGUCCAUGUAAAGAAGGUUAUGGUGGAAAAUAUUGUAAAGAAUGUAAACCUGGUUAUUAUGGAUUUCCUGAUUGUAAACCAUGUGAUUGUAAUCCAAAUAAUUCAAUUGAUAAUGUUUGCGACGUAGAAACUGGUCAAUGUAAAUGUCAAACAAAUUAUGGUGGUCAAAAUUGUAACAAAUGUAACCAGGGAUUUUUUAAUUAUCCACGUUGUGAAUCAUGUUUAUGUCAAACAGAAGGAUCGACUGAAGAAAAAUGUAAUCCAAUCACUGGUGAAUGUUAUUGUCUGGAUGGUUAUGAAAAAAAUUAUUGUGAUAAAUGUUCAGAUGGUUAUUAUGGUUAUCCUAAUUGUAUUAAAUGUGAUUGUAAUAUGGAUGGUUCAACAAAUAAUUCAUGCGAUAAUAAUGGUAAAUGUCGUUGUAAAGGAAAUUUUGGUGGUAUAAAAUGUAAUGAUUGUGCUGUUGGUCAUUUUAAUUUUCCAAAAUGUGAACAAUGUAAAUGUCAUUGGCGUGGAUCAACUGGUGUUUCAUGUGAUCAUUCGGGUAAUUGUCUUUGUCAAGAUAGAUAUGAAGGACAAAAAUGUGAACAAUGUAAAGAAGGUUAUUAUAAUUUUCCUUAUUGUGAAGAAUGUAAUUGUAAUCCAGCUGGUUUAGUAGCCGAAUUUGGUGGUUGUGAUAAAGUUGAAAUUGGAAAACUUUGUGAAUGUAAAGAACGUGUAAAAGGUAGAAUUUGUAAUCAAUGUAAAGAUUUAUAUUGGAAUCUACAGAUGAAUAAUCCAUAUGGUUGUGAAGAUUGUCAUUGUAAUCAAAAUGGUACAAUUAGUCGAAUCGGUAUUUGUGAUACCGUAACGGGUGAUUGUAUGUGUAAAAUGAAUGUACAAGGACGAACUUGUAAUAUGUGUAAACCGAAUACCUAUCAACUGAAUUCGGCACGUUUUUUCGGCUGUAUGGAUUGUGAAUGUGAUGUUGGUGGUGCUGUUAGUUCGGAUUGUGAUAAAUUAACUGGACAAUGUCGUUGUAAAUCACGAAUACGUGGAAAAACUUGUUCCGAAACAUUUGAAGCAACAUAUUUUCCAACAUUUUAUCAAUUUCAAUAUGAAACUGAAGAUUGGUAUAAUCCAACCGGGUCAACAGCAAGAUUUGGUUAUGAUGAUGAAAUUUUCCCUGAUUAUUCAUGGAGAGGUUAUGCAAUAUUCAGUCCAUUACAAAAAGAAAUAUUUACAAAUAUUACUAUAACAAGAACAAGUAUUUAUAAAAUUAUUAUUAAUUAUGUUAAUAAAAAUAGUGAAACAAUUAAUGGUAAUUUACGAUUCAUACCGAAUGAAUGGAUGAAUGAAGAAGAACAAACUGUUUCAAUAUCGAUGGAACCAACUGAUCAACCAAAAUUAUUGUAUGUUACUGGUCGUCAAUCAAAUGGUGGUGGUAUGAUAUCAUUAGGUGUUGGUCCAUGGCAAAUUUAUUUUCAAUCAGAUAAAUAUGAUCUUUAUAUUGAUUAUUUAGUAUUGAUACCACAAGCAUAUUAUGAUCCAAAUUUAUUUCAAGAAAAAAGAACCGGACCUUGUCUUUAUAAACCAUUGAAUAAUCAUACAUGUAUUUUACAUUCAUAUCCUGAUUAUCCAAUAACAAGUAAACAUCUUCCAGUAAAUGAUGCUCUAAUUAUAAAAGAAUCGGGACAAACGAAACCAUCGAUAGUUGAUGAUGAUCAAAUUGGAUAUUUGGAAAAAUUAAAUACAAAAAAUCAAUUUGCUCGUAUGGAUAAAAUGAAUGAUAAUUUAGAAUUUGAAUUCAUUACCAAACAAAAUGUUACAAAUUUAAUUAUACUUAAUUAUCAUACACCGGAUAAUUUAGAUCAAUCAAUAUCGAUUUCAAUUGAAUUAACAAAUUUAGAACGUAAUCAAACAUUUACAAGUGAAAAUAUUUUAUCAGCAUGUCCUUAUUUGUUUGUUUGUCGACAAGCAAUUAUAACUGAUCAGGGAAAAAUAUUAUCAUUUGAUGCAAUGGCUGAUGAUGCAUUUCGAUUACGUAUCAAGCUUUCACCCAAACAACAAUCAUCAUCGAAUUAUAAUGGCGAAAGAAAUCGAAGACAAUCAGAAGAAGAAGUUUUACCAACCGAAUCAAGUAAACAAUUUGAAUCAUUAAAUGUUAAUACAAUUACAAUAAUACCAUUUGAUAAUCAUUGGUCAUAUAAUUAUAUUGAACCGAAUUUUGUUUGUAAUUAUAAAAACGGUAAAUGUCAAACAUCCAAUUUCCCGCUGGUAUCGGAAGGAAUAAAAAUCGAAGCUGAAACCGAUUUAUUCGGACAAAAACCCGAACAAAUUGUUGAACAUCCACAAUAUAAUCAAAUUAAUCCCGGAAUUACGACUACGGAAACACCAUUAUUAGUACGUUUGAAUGAUUCAAUGCAAUCGAUCGAUAUAAGAGGAACGGUAACGAAACCCGGACCAUAUUAUUUCAUAUUGAAUUAUUAUCAACCAAAUAAUCCAAAAUUCGAUAUUGAUGCUUUGAUACAAAAUGGACAUCUUUAUAGUGGUGUUGCAACAUUACAACAUUGUCCGAAUACUGUUGGCUGUCGUGUACCAUUAAAACAAAAAGAUUCAAUGGAAUGGAAUUCAACUGCAUUCUCCAUACAGAAAAAUUUUCAAAUUACAUUGAAAAUUCCAACAAAUGAAAAUUCCCCAAAUAUUUCCGAUGUUUAUCUCGAUUAUCUGUUGGUUAUACCGGCUGAAAAUUUUGAUGAACAAUUAAUCGAAUCUGUACCUGUGGAUGGACAUAAAAAUAUUAUGGCCGAAUGUAUUAAAAAUAAUUACUUUAUUGAUCCAAAAAAUACAACCGAAUUUUGUCGAUCAUUAGUAUUUUCAACUACAGUAGAUUUUAAUGGUGGCGCUCUACCGUGUGAAUGUAAUAUUGAUGGAUCAUAUGAUUAUAAAUGUGAAAAUUUUGGUGGUCAAUGUCGAUGUAAACCAAAUGUUAUUGGUCGUGAUUGUUCCCUAUGUAAAACUGGUUAUUAUGGUUGGCCAAAUUGUAAACAAUGUAAUUGUCCAUCAACGGCUAUUUGUCAUCGGAAAACAGGUGAUUGUAUCUGUCCGAAAGGUGUUACCGGUAAAGAUUGUGAUAAAUGUUUACCGCUUACAUUUGGUUUUGAUAAAAUUAUCGGCUGUGUUGAUUGUGGUUGUAAUCCUAGGGGUGUACAAAAUCGUGAUCUACGUUGCAAUGUUGAUACUGGUGAUUGUCAAUGUAGACCGAAUAUUGUUGGCCGUACUUGUGACAAAUGUCGGCCAGGAUUUUUUGGUUUUCCCAAUUGUCAGCUAUGUCGUUGCGAUAUUCGUGGUACAGUGCCGGAAAUUUGUGAUCAAAAUUCAGCAAGAUGUUUUUGUAAAAAAAAUGUUGAUGGUCAAUUAUGUGAUCGUUGUAAAACUGAUUCAUAUCAUUUGGAAGAAAGUAAUUCGAAUGGUUGUACAAAAUGUUUUUGUUUUGGAAAUACUGACCGUUGUACUGGAUCUUCAAUGGUUUUCGUACCGAUACAAUUAAUUUCAUCGGAAAAAAUCGAUCUAGUUAACAUUACGAUGCAAGAAAAUCUAUUGGAUAUAAAUCAAUUGAAAAUUAAUGAAGAUUAUGAAAUGGAUUAUGUAAUGGAAAAAUUUCAAAUUCGUACAAGUUUUUCACGUGAAAAACUUGAUAAUAAAUUACCAUCAUCAUCAUCAAUGUAUUUAUCGCUGCCAGAUGAAUUUCUUGGUAAUAAAAUUACAUCGUAUGGAAGUGAAUUUCAUUAUAAUAUUAUUAAUAAAGUUAGUAAUAAUAAUCGUGAAUAUAAACCAUCAUCAUCAAUGCCGGAUAUAAUUUUUGUUGGUAAAAAUUAUUCAUUGAUUUAUGAAAAUAUUGAAUCACCAGUGUUGAAUGAAAAAUUCAACGUUACAAUACGUUUGUUGGAAAAAGAAUUUAAAAAAUUAGAUGAAACAUAUGUUACACGUGAACAAUUGAUGAUGACACUUGUCGAUUUGCAAGCAAUUUAUAUUCGUAUAAAAUAUUUUGAUUCUACACAAGAUACGAUUGUUAUUGAAUUUCAAUUUCAAAUGGAAACAUCUGUAACUGGUUCUGGACGUAUAAUUGAUCCAAUAUUUAAACGUAAAGCAACAAGUGUUGAACAAUGUCUUUGUCCAAGGAAUUAUCGUGGAACAUCAUGUGAAGAAUGUGCUGAAGGAUAUUACCGGAUUCAACAUGGACCAUAUUUAGGUGCUUGUGUACCUUGCCGUUGUAAUGGUCAUUCAAAUACAUGUGACCCUAUUACUGGACAAUGUUUUGAUUGUAAAUUUAAUACUGAAGGUGAUUAUUGUGAACAUUGUUCAGAAGGUUAUUAUGGUGAUGCAACCCAAGGUACACCAAAUGAUUGUAUGAUUUGUGCAUGUCCAUUACCAAUUGAAUCAAAUAAUUUUGCAACAAGUUGUGAAGUAUCAAGUUCUGGUUCAGUAUUAAGUUGUACAUGUCGUGAUGGUUAUAAUGGUACAAGAUGUGAAUUAUGUGGUGCUGGUCAUUGGGGACAACCACAUAUUGUUGGUGAAAUUUGUCAAAAUUGCGAAUGUAAUGGUAAUAUUGAUCCAACUGAUAUUGAUAGUUGUGAUCCAUUCACAGGAAAAUGUAAAAAAUGUUUAUUCAAUUCUGGUGGUAAUUAUUGUGAACAUUGUGCUGAUUGGUAUUAUGGUGAUUCAAUUGUACAGAAAAAUUGUUCGGAAUGUUCAUGUAAUAAAUGUGGAUCAGAAUAUUGUGAUCAUAAAAUGGCAACAUGUAAAUGUAAACCAAAUGUUAUUGGUAAAAAUUGUGAUCAAUGUGCCGUUGGUUAUUAUGGAUUUCAAACAUGUCAAGGUUGUCAACCAUGUAUGUGUGGUGAAGCAUCAAAUGAUAUAAAUUGUGAUGAUUCGGGUCAAUGUCCAUGUAAAACUGGUGUUGCGGGUAAAAAUUGUGGUACAUGUGCACCUGGUUAUUGGGGUUAUAGUAAAUAUGGUUGUACAUCUUGCGGUUGUAAUGAUAAAUAUUCACGUGUUAAACAAUGUAAUCAAUUUACUGGACAAUGUCAAUGUUUACCAGGUGUUAUUGGUUCGAAAUGUGAAAAAUGUCCUGAUCGUUGGGUAUUAGUACCGGAAACUGGUUGUCAAGAAUGUGGUGAUUGUGUACAUACAUUAUUGGAUGAUGCCGAUCAGAUUGGUAAAGAUAUUGAAUUUAUUGAAUCACAAACGCUGAAUACUUCUAGUUCAGUAUUAGCAUAUCGUAAAUUGAAUAGUGUACAAAAUCAAAUUAAAAUGUUUAAAGAACGUAUACAAAAUACAUUUGCUGAAACUGAUGAACGUAUGAAUAAUAUACGGAAUUUUACAAAAGUAAAAAAAGAUUCGGAAGAUCUGUUGAAUCAAAUUGAAAAAAUGGAUAUAAAAUCCGAUAGUAUGGAAAAAAAUUCAAUCGAUAUAUUGAAUAAAGUAAAUAAAUCAUAUAAUGAUUCAAUCGCGGCUGGAAAUAAAGCAAAAUUAGUUUUACAAUCAGCAGUUGAAGUUGUUGAUUCACUGCAACAUUUAGAAAAUAAUAUUGCUGAUUAUACGGAAAACCAAAUGAAUCGUGAUGCAAUUCUUGCGGAAAGUGAACAAAUCCUUUUGGAAUUACAAAAACCAUUUGUUGAUGAUUAUAUGUCCCGUUAUGAUAAAGAUAAUAAUAUUUUUAAUGAUACAUUAAAAAUUGCUGAAAAUUUUUAUACCGUUUGGUUGGAUAUGAAAAAUAAUAUUGAAGAUUCAUCAAUUCGUCAACAUAAUAUUAGUAAUUUGAUAAAUGAAUUAAAAAAUUUUACCUAUCAAGCACGUAGUGAUACAAUUGAUGCUGAAAAAAUUAUACAAAAUGGAUAUCGUGAAAUAAUCGAUAAUGAAAUCGAUACAAUCAAAAAACAAAUGUCGCAAACAGAAUUGACAAUGCAAAAUGCAACCAAUUUUAUUGAACAAACUGGAAAAAAUAUUAAUGAUUUAGAAAGUAUGAAAAUUGAUAUUAAACAACAAGAAAAUCGUUUAAUUGAUAAUGAAAAACAAUUGGAACAAAAACGUAAUGAAAUUACGGAUUCAUUAAUGGAAUUGGAUAAAGUUGUAACGGAUGCAGAAAAACAUGCUGAAAAACAAUCACUGCAAAGUGAUUAUCUUGAUCAAUUAAUAUCAACAACAAAAAACCAGGCAACCGAUCCUUUGAAAGCAGCAAAUGCAUAUGAUAAAAUCAGUAAUACUGUACAGGAUAGUGAAUUCAUUUUGAAUGAUCUGAAAGAAUCGAUUGGAAAAGAUAAUACAUUUAUGGAUGAUUUAAAACAUUUGCAAGAAAUAAAUCAAGAACCAACAGCAACAAAAAUCGAUAGACAAUUAAAUGAUUUGGCUGAUCAAUUACGUGAACGUGAAUCAAUUAUAAAUCAUGCUGAUCUACUUUCACAGGAUAAUGUUAAACAAUUUGAAAAUCUAAAUCAAAGUUUAUUGAAUUUAGAAACAAUGUUGAAUGAUCGUAUUAAUAUUGAUAAAAUUGAAAAAUCAACCGAUAAUGUACAACAAACACAAAGUGAAGUUUUAAAUUUAAUUAAUUUAAUUGAUAAUUUAAAAGAUGGUUCAAAAGAUAUAAAAGAUUAUUCAAAUUUUGUAAUGGAUGUUAAAGAUAGUAAAGAUUAUGUUGAUCGUUUUCAAAAAGAUGUUGAACGUAUGAAAAAUAUUUCCACUACGGAUGAAAUUAAUGAUUUGAACCGGGAAUUUGCAAAAGUAUCAUCAACAAUAUCGAAUAAAAUUGCUGAUUUAAAGAAACGUAUUCAGCUAGCUCGUCACCAAGCAAAUAAUAUUCGUGUUGGUGUACGUUUUGGUGAAAAUUCUGUAUUGGAAUUAAAUAAUCCAACAAAUCUUGUUGAAUCAUCAACAUAUAAUAAAUUUUCAAUGAAAUUUAAAGGUGAUUAUCCGGAAGGAAUGUUGGCCUAUAUUGGUAAUCCAAUUGAUGGUUCAAAUGAUUUGGUAAAACGUGAUACAAUGGAUGAAAUGUCAAUUGGUAAAACAAAACGAAAAUCCAUAAAUUAUGAUUAUAUGUGUUUGGAAUUGAGACGUGGAAAAGUAGUAUUGAUUUGGGAUCUUGGUGCUGGUAAUCCAACUAUGAUUGAAGAUACACAAAAUAUUUAUGAUCAAAAAUGGCAUCAAAUUAUUGUCGAACGUUUUGGUCGUCUAAUACGGCUUUCGGUAUUGACGGAUAAACAACGAACCGAAUCACAACAAAUUGCACCUGGUUCGGCUAGUGUUUUUAAUUUAGAUCGUGAUCAAUCAAAAAUAUUUAUCGGUGGUGUACCAACGAAUAUUAAACUUAGUCCGGCUGUUAAAAAUCGUCAUUUUUAUGGUGUUGUUUCGAAUGUUUUCUUGGAUAAUGAACCAUUGGGUCUUUGGAAUGUUAAAAAUUCCUACAACAUACAAGGCGAUGAACAAGCAAAUGAAUUAUUUACUGAAAAUAAUGUUCGUUUUAAAGGAAAUAGUUAUAUAAUAUUGGCCCGAAAUGAUUUGAAUUUCAAGGAUACUGUUUUUGUUAGUUUUCAAUUUAAAACAUUCAACAAAAAUGGUCUACUAUUUUUGAUUGGAAAUCCAUCGACGAAAAAACCAUAUUUUUCAAUCGAACUGAAUGAUGGAAAGGUAGUGGUUAAAUAUGAUUUGGGUAGUAUUUUUACUAAAGUACCAUCCGAAAAAACAUAUAAUGAUGGACAAUGGCAUUUUAUUAAAGUAAAUCGUGAAGGAAAAGAAUGUUUAGUUACAGUGGAUAAUAGUGAUGAACAAUCAGGAUUUUCAAUGGGAUUGAGUACGGAUUUAAUUACCGAUGAUAAUAUCUAUGUUGGUGGUUAUCGUGGCCUUAAUCCAUAUUAUGAAGUUACAAAAGAAGGUUUUGAUGGUUGUAUAAAAGAUUUACAAAUCGAUUCAACACAACAAAAUCUAAAUAAUCAUAAAGAAUCAUUUGGUAUAACGAUUGGUUGUUCAACAUUUGUUCGAGUUGCAUCAUUUAUUGAUUCGAAAGCAUAUGUAAUAUUUCAAGAUCAACAAAUUGAACCGAUAAAAAAUGAUGCUGAUCGUAAUGAUAUGAUGAUACAGAUUACAUUUAAAUUUCGAACCCUGGUGAAAUCUGGUCUGAUAAUGGCAAUGAGCAAUGAACAAUGGGAUCAAUUUAUACAUGUUUAUUUAGCGGAUGGAAUGCUCAUUUUACGUACAAGUAAUAAUCAAUUAUUACGUACAGAUUUACAAUAUUAUAAUGAUAAUAAAUGGCAUUUUAUAACGAUAAAUUUUAAUCAACGAACAUUAGAUAUGGAUGUUGAUGAUAUAAAUUCAUUUAGUAUUGAUAUAAAUAAUCCAAUGGAUUUAAUACGUUUGAAAAUGAUUUAUAUUGGUGGUAUGCCUAUCGAACGUUUUGAUUAUUUAUUUUCACAAUUUUCUGGCUGUAUUGGUGAUAUAUCGAUUAAUUAUAAAUUUUUAAAUUUUGCCAAUUCAAAUAAUCAAAUGAAUGUUGAUUUUAAAAAAUGUCCAUUAUCAAUUAAUGAAGAUGAAAUACUUGUUACAAAUUUUAAAGAUCAAAUAAUACCGGAAAUAUCUUCUGGUGGUGGUGGUAAACCAUCAAGUCAAUUGAAUAUACCGAAUUUUGAAAAUUGUCUCCUACCACCAAUACCAAAAUUAGAAUCGGAUUCAAAUCCCGAAGAAAAAAGAUUUGGUAAUUCAUUAUGGAGUCGUUAUGAAUUUCCAAUUUCAAAUGAUGUUGCAAAAGGUUUAGAAAAUGAAAGUGGAUUUCAAUUGAAAUUCAAAACAACCAAAGCUGAUGGUAUAUUAUUCUAUAUAACAUCACAGAAUAAUAUUGAUUUUAUUGGCCUAUAUUUCCUUAAUGAUAAACUUCAUUAUAGUUUUGAUUGUGGUUCUGGUCGUGCUAUUGCUGUUUUAUCAACAAAUUAUAAUGAUAAUCAAUGGCAUACAGUAACGUUUAGCCGUAAAGGUAAAAUUGGUCUUUUACGUGUGGAUGAAGAAACAGUAGAAGUAUCAUCAACAGGAUCAACAUCAUCAUUGAAUGUUAAUUCACCAAUAUUUGUUGGUGGUGUACCGAAAGAAUUACGUUCACAAAUCAAAAGUCAUUUGAAAAGUGCUGAUAAAAAUGAUUAUAAUUAUGCAAUGUCUUCAUUUGCCGGAUGUAUACGUGAUAUUAAAGUUCGUGAUCAAGAAUAUCCAUUUAAAGAUGGUCGUGAUCAUGAUGUUGUACAAUGUUCAUCCGAAAUUGAAAAUGGUCAUUUUUUCCAUUAUAAUGGUGGUUAUAUAAGAUUAUUUGAUGAAUUUCGUGUUAGUGUUGAAUUUACAUUGAUUAUGAAGAUAAAACCAAGAAAACCAUAUGGUAUUUUGGCUGCUGUAUUUGGUCGAGUGGAUUAUUUGGUACUUUAUUUGGAUAAAGGAAAAUUAAUCUUUUCAGUGAAUAAUGGAGCGGAUCCAAUCAUUGCAAGUGAUUAUGUUAAAAAUGGUAUUUGUGAUGGUGAAUGGCAUACAAUAAUGGCAUUUAAAACAAAAAAUUUAGUAAUGUUAACAAUUGAUGACCAGCCAACAGCUAUCAGUACUGGACAGCCUGGUAUUUCAUCAACAGAUACUAAAGAUCCAUUGUAUAUUGGUGGUUUACCAGCCAAACUUAAAGAUGAAAAACUUGCACAACUAAACAAUGUAAAAGAUGAUUAUCUUGGUUGUUUACAAAUCAUAAGCAUUAAUGGUAUGCCACAAACAUUGAAUAAUGCUAAAAUUGAAGGCGAAAUUACAUUGAAUAGUUGUCCAAUUCAUUGAAAUUUUUUGAAACAAACAAAAAAAAAUAUUUAGAUAGAAAACCAAAAAACAAAAUUCAAAAUUUAAAA